AGCUGGACUGGUACCUUGUUUGCUGCCUCCAUUCUGAAUGCGCUGUUUCAGUUUCAAUGACUCAAUAUUCUGGUCAAAAACGGACAAAUGUAACUAACGCUGAGAAUGUCAAUACAAUCGAACUAGCAAGGGCAAUGAUCUCAAGUCAGUCAAAAUGUUGCUAAUAGGCUUGUGUAUAUAUUUAUGUAGCAAGCUUAAAACACGGAACCUAACGUUAGAUAGCUAGCUGCUUAGAGGAUGUCAUGCCAAUGGAGGAGUGGGUGCCUUACGUGAGGGUGGCCCCCGAGGACCUCCUGAGGGCCCGUUUCCCGCGCUUCUCGCCCCUGGACCUGCGGCCCACCAAUGCACAUGUCAGCCUAGCCGUGGUGGACUUGCUCUCCUUCUUCAACAGCACCAGCGCCUGUCUACUCUGCGCCAGGGCUGACUGUUUGAUGAACCUGGAGCAGUUACUGCGUCAGUUCCUAAUCUCUAAGGAGACGCUGACUGUUCGUGUGCUGGAUGACAGUCAGGACCCCAUGCCUGUUCUAAAAGAGAUCCGCAACGACCAGACUGACACCAUCAUAGUCGACGCCAACGCCACUGUGUCCCACCUCAUCCUGGAGCGGGCGUCAGAGUUGGGGAUGCUGUCCAUCUACUACACCUACAUCUUCACCACAAUGGAGUUUUCUCUGCUGCAGUUGGAUGACAUCCUGGUGAAGCGCUGGGUCAACAUCCUUGGCUUCUCUGUCCUCAACCACAGCCAUCCUUACUUCCCUGACCUCCUCCUCAGUCUCAACCGCUCCUGGCAGGAAAACUGUGACCAUGCCCCUUUCACUGGGGUCCCGCUAUCCCCAGCCCUGCUGUUUGAUGCCAUGCAUGUGGUGGUGUCCGCUGUGAGGGAGCUCAACCGCAGCCAGAGCGUGGGCGCCACACAGCUAACCUGUCAAUCACCCAAAAUCUGGGAGCACGGCACCAGCCUGAUGAACUACCUACGGAUGGUAGAAUUGGAAGGUCUAACUGGACACAUAGAGUUCAACAGCAAAGGCCACCGCUUCAACUACGCCCUGAGGGUCGUACAGAGCAGCUCAGAGGGGCUAAGGCAGGUUGGUGAGUGGCAUUCGGAGCACGGCCUGUCCAUGGAGAGCAAUAUCAACCUCCUCAUCAUGGCCGGCACCAUCUUCAACACCACCCUCACCAUCACCACCAUCUUGGAGAACCCCUACGUGAUGCUGAGGUCCGAACACCAGGCCCUGGAGGGCAACGAGCGCUACGAAGGAUUUUGUGUAGACAUGCUGCGAGAGCUGGCCGAGCUGCUGCACUUCAGCUACCGUCUGCAGCUGGUGGCGGACGGCGUGUACGGCGUGCCCAGUGCCAACGGCACCUGGACGGGCAUGGUGGGUGAGCUCAUCUCUAGGAAAGCUGACCUGGCUGUAGCGGGGCUCACCAUCACCUCAGAGAGAGAGAAGGUCAUUGACUUCUCCAAACCCUUCAUGACCCUGGGCAUCAGCAUCAUGUACACAGCACACAUGACACGUCGACCAGGCUACUGGUCCUUCCUAGACCCAUUCUCUCCAGGCGUAUGGCUCUUCAUGCUGCUGGCCUACCUGAUCGUCAGCUGUGUGCUCUUCCUGGUGGCCAGGCUGACACCGUAUGAGUGGUGUAGUACUGAGCCAUGCUUGCGGGGGCGCUGUAAACUGGUGCUGAACCAGUACACUCUGGGAAACAGUCUGUGGUUCCCUGUAGGGGGGUUCAUGCAGCAAGGCUCAGCCAUCACCCCCCAUGCCCUGUCCACACGCUGCCUCAGUGCUGUCUGGUGGUUCUUCACCCUGAUCAUAGUGUCCUCCUACACAGCCAACCUGGCUGCCUUCCUCACCGUUCACAGGAUGGAGGUGCCCAUCGAGUCUGUGGAUGACCUGGCAGACCAGACCACCAUAGAGUACGGCACCAUGCAGGGAGGGUCCACCAUGACCUUCUUCCAGAACUCUCAGUACCAGACCUACCAGCGCAUGUGGAACUUCAUGCAUGCAAAGCAAACCAGUGUGUUUGUGAAGAGCACGGAGGAAGGCAUCGACCGGGUGCUCAAGUCCAACUACGCCUACCUGUUGGAGAGCACCAUGAACGAGUACUACCGCCAGCGCAACUGUAACCUCACCCAGAUAGGAGGCGUGCUGGACACCAAAGGCUACGGCAUCGGCAUGCCACUGGGCUCAGUGUACCGGGACGAAAUCGACCUGGCCGUACUCAAACUCCAAGAGGACAACAGGCUGGAGAUCCUUAAGAGGAAGUGGUGGCAGGGAGACAAGUGUUCCAAAGAUGAUGACCGUCAAGCACAGGGGCUGGGCAUGGAGAAUAUAGGUGGAGUCUUUAUUGUCCUGUUGUCUGGUCUACUGCUGGCUGUGUUCAUGGCGGGGCUGGAGUUUGUCUGGGUGCAGCAACACUCUCCGAGGUCAGAGUUGUCCAUGUGUACAGAGAUGCUGAGGGCUCUCCAUGGGAUCCUGCUGUGCGAGGACAGUAUGGCACUGCAUGGUUUACGAGACCCAGGGAUAUUACUACAAACACACACUUCACUCCCAGAGGAGCAUGGCAGGACCAAGCCGGCCACUUGCACCAUCAGUAACGGCAUGGUGUGCGGGAUGGACAACAGUAGCAGCGGUCCUAUGGAGUCACAGGCUCAUAGACUGGCACAGGAAGCCAUUUUGGGUCCACGGGGCUGCACUCACGUCCGCAUCUGCCCAGAGUGCAGGGGAUACAAAGGACUGCGGGUGCAAACACUGCUACCCAGAAAACACUCACCAGACCUCAGAGAGGAGAAUGUUUAGUGCAGGGUUCCCCAACUGGUGAUUUUAUUUGGCAAUUCCCAAGUUUGAGCAAAACUAAAUAUUAUUUAUUGUUGGACAUAAGACUGAAAACACAUCCAAGUGAUUUUAAUGUUGGAAACCUGUUCCAAAGUAUAGAGAUGUGUGAUCAUAUACACAUGUAAAAGCAAGGUUUUAAAUUAUUUUAGUGAAAUAUGUUUGGGCUUUUUGCAGUUUACAAAUGUGUAAUUAUGUUCCGGCCCCCUGACCAUUGCUCAACAUAAAAUCUAGUUGAUGAUCCCUGGUUUAGGGGGGGCGGUGGCACUGACAACUGAGGUGAAUGUUUGAACUAGACAUAGCGUCUAUUGUUUUCAAUGUAUUCUACUCACGUUCACACAUGCCGUUUCGUGAUUGUCUAGAUCGGGUUUUAUAGAGAGCCGAUUACACCUGUGCACUGACGGCAUCACAUCAUCCAGAAACAUUAUAGACAGUGGAUGAAUAUAAAAUGUAUCUUUGCCUGUGUGAGUGACAAAAAAAAAAAAAAUGACUUGAAUAAUUUAAUGGAUGUUUUUUGUACAAUGAUGACUAAGUUUUGUAAUUUUCACAUUUGACUUCUACGCGGCCAUCUUUUUGGACUGGACUUCAGCUAAAAUGCAAUACCGAAAAUGUCCUGGGUUCAGUGGAAAGCGUGCUUCCAGACUGGAACCCUGGGGCCUUGGACAAGUGGCCCAGGGUCAGUGCACUUUAUUUCAUUAAUGUUCACAGGUUAAUAACCCCUGAACCCAAAGAUUGAGGAUGGCGAAAUGCCAUCGAAUGAAAUAAAGUGCAAAGACCAACAAGUGGACCAGGGUCCAUGCUAAGGCCCCAGGGUUCCAGUCUGGAAGCAUGCUUUACAUUGAACCCAGAGGACACUAGGACAGUAUUUCAAAGACCCAGCCCCAACUAACGGCUAAUGCCGCUCCCCACAUAUGUGAGACACAGGGGCGUGGCUGUAGUCCAGUUCAUUAUUUUAUUUUAAAACAAGUGCCAAAAACAUUGGCCGGGAAUCAAAUUUGAAACGGGCAUAGUGAGCUUGACAUUUACAUUGAGCCUAGUUCAUUAUAUCCUGAAAUAAAGGCUUUUCAUGGUUUCCAAACAAAUGUCAUGUUUUUUAACUGCUUUGUUCUGUAACAUUUCUAUGUACAAUGCAUACUAUAGUCAGUGUUCAGGCGGUUUGGUUUCUUUGUUCACUCAGCACCCUGAUCCCGCUUUCUCUUUUGUCUGUUGGUCUG